CUUGGCACGCUUACUAUCACCAUGGUAUCCGACAAUAUGGUUCAUACUUCUGUGAUCAUCGUUGGCGCUGGCGCCACGGGUCUGCUGAUCGCACAGGGCUUCAAGAAAAUUGGUGUCGACUGUAUUGUCUUGGAGAAAAAGGAAUCACUUCUUCCACCCGGUCAUCGUGAUUGGAAUAUGGGAGCCCAUUGGGGGUUCCAACUUCUUGAGCAGCUCAUCAGCGAAGAAGCUCGCAAGAAGCUUCCACAGGUCGAAGUGGACCCCCACGUUCCCAUCAAGGCAGAGGAUGUGUGCAAAUUUCACAAUGCCGCCACCGGAGAACUUAUAGCUACUGUUCCUGUCUAUUCUAUGCAUCGCCUGCAACGCCAAAAGCUGAGAAACCUUUUAGCGGAUGGUAUUGAUAUCCGAUUUAACAAAAGUUUUGUCAAUAUGGAAAUGAUCGACGUUCCCGGCAUGGGAAGCAACAGAAGCGUGGCAGCAAGAUUCGAAGAUGGAACUACAAUUGUUGGAAAAAUUAUAAUCGGCGCAGAUGGAACACGUUCGAGUGUCCGCCGAAGUCUCCUUGGGGAGAAACAAAGCGCCGUGCGCCCUCUGCCGUGGGUAGCAACCUGGGCCCAGGCGAAGUAUACAGUGGAGCAAGCUGUGUACUUGCGCAAGUGGCAUAACCUGUAUUCUUGCUCCGUACAUCCACAAGGAUUUUUCUCUACCCUCGGUCUUCAAGACAUUCCCGAUCCUCAACGCCCCGAGGACUGGGUUUUCUGGUUUUACAUUACUUGGCCACUGGAGAGCGCAAAGGAUGCUGCUAGUUGGGACAACGCAGCUCGAUUACGACACUUCAAGGAGAUUGCGAAAGACUGGGCCGACCCAAUGAAAAGUGCGGUAGGAUGGCUCUCGGACGACCAUUAUGUAUGGCACGCACAAUUUGCCGAAUGGGAUCCCGAGGAAAAAGGACAUCGCUGGAACAAUUUUGAUGGCCGCGUAACUCUGGCUGGAGAUGCCGCGCAUACUAUGACGUGGUCCCGUGGCCAAGGACUUAACAAUGGGUUCGAAGAUGCUGCCAACCUUGUCAAGGCAAUAGGUGCUUUCCUUGGUAGGGACGGCAAUGAGGGAAAACAGAAAGAGUCUAUUGAUACUUACGAAGCCGAAAUGAUCCCAAGAGGUGGCAGGGAGACUCGAGUUUCCUCCAUAACCACCACAUCGGUAAACAACUGGGAAACGUUUAUGGAGAGUCCAGUUGUUAAAAUGGGGCUGAAGAAAACACCAGUCUGACAUAGUACAGACUAUAUAUAAAAUCAGCAUCUACGUCAAAGUGCACUUUUAGCUAUACUUAAUUGACCG